CCAAGUUCCAACGUCCUGCGUGUUUGGAAACGAUUUUAAGGUUAAGCCUAACCGAGCUUAAAAUAGCAGUUUUCUUUGUAAAGCCGUUGGAUGGAGUCCAUUUGCUUCACCGCAACUCAAAGAAGCGUCAUAUCAAUCGCACCGUCUAAACUAAACAAGGCAAACCCAAAUAAGGUUUCUUCGUCUGUCAAUCUUUCUCUCUUCUCUGAUAUUAUUCCGCUCCCUAUCUGUGAAUUGCGUAUACAGAGAGAUAGAGAGAGAGAGGGAAAGAGAAACUCGUUAAAAAAAUGGCGAACAGUCACACCGAUGACUUAGACGAGCUUCUCGACAGUGCAUUGGAUGAUUUUAAAGAUCUCAAUCUUUCUCAAAGAAAUCUAAGGGAGGCCCAAGAGGAGGAGAAGAAGAAAGUAGAGACAGGUCUAUUGCCGAGUGGAGUGCAAGGUCUUGGGAUGGGAUUACCAGAUUUGAGAAGCAAAAAGAAAGGAAAACAAAAGGUUUCGAAACAGGAUCAUGUUACUGAAGCUCUUGAUAAGCUUAGGGAACAAACUAGGGAAACUGUCAAAGGAUUGGAAUCCAUUUCUUCUAAGCAGCAGCCAGCUUCUGAUGAUGAUGGCAUGGUAGAGGAUUUCCUCAAGCAAUUCGAGGAUCUUGCUGGAUCUAAGGACUUGGAAUCAAUUGUCGAAACGAUGAUGCAACAGCUAUUGUCAAAGGAUAUUCUCCACGAACCAAUGAAAGAGAUCGGUGCAAGAUAUACGAAAUGGCUAAAAGAGAAUGAAGCCAGUCUAAGCAAAGAAGACUUCAAUCGUUAUUCACAACAGUACAAAUUAAUCGAAGAACUCAAUGUGGUUUACGAGAAUGAACCGAACAAUUCAUCUAAGAUAAUGGAGAUCAUGCAGAAGAUGCAAGAAUGCGGACAACCCCCGAGUGACAUAGUUAAAGAGAUCGAUCCCGGGUUUGAUUUCGCAAGUCUAGGCCAAAUAUCUCCAGAGAUGCUGGAGUCCUCGCCAAAUUGCUGUAUAAUGUGAUGGGCCAAACAGCUUUCAAGGUUUAUGUCGUUUUUUUUUCUCGUUAGUGUAAAAUUCAAAAGCUGUGUUAUAUAUAAUUAUGAUUGGAAUUUCGCACACACAAAAAAGUCUUUAUCUUGUUUAUUGUCCUUUUACGAUGAAUGCAGCCAGUCACAUGCUUGUUAAUUGUAGAUGAUAUACAAAUAUAUCUAACUGGUUGAAGUCGAAUAAAUUUUAAGAGCUAGUUGGAAUGAA